UUGGCGCUCGCCGCCAUCGGCGUCGUGCACCUCCUCACGGCGCUCUCGGGGCUCUGGUCGGUGCACGCGCACUGCGCGCUCACCUGCGUGCGGGAGCCUAGUCCCAAGAAAGCCACGUUGGCUAAGGUUGUGCCAACCCCGAAUAACGGAUCCGUCGAACUAGUGCCGCUCCACAGGGAUCAGGGUGAGGAUGGACAGGAGGCCCUUUCGUUUGAGUUCCAGAAAAUCAAAUACUCCUACGAAGUAGAUGGCAAGAAACAGUUCCUUCCUGUAGCUUUCCCUGUGGAGCAUCCCCUUUCUUAUUACCAGAAUGCCCGUGGCUAUCAGGAGGACAAAGAUAUCCGUGCAGCGGAGAAGAAGUACGGUACAAACAAGGCUGAGAUGGUGGUGCCAGAGUUCUUGGAACUCUUUAAAGAAAGAGCCACAGCCCCAUUCUUCGUCUUUCAGGUGUUCUGCGUGGGUUUGUGGUGCCUGGAUGAAUACUGGUAUUACAGUGUCUUCACCCUCUCCAUGUUAGUGGCAUUUGAAGCUUCUCUGGUCCAGCAGCAAAUGAGGAACAUGUCAGAGAUUCGAAAAAUGGGCAACAAGCCAUACAUGAUCCAGGUUUACAGGAAUCGAAAGUGGCGCCCCAUUUCAAGUGAUGAGAUUAUUCCAGGGGAUAUCGUUUCUAUCGGCCGAUCUCCUCAUGAAAACCUCGUGCCGUGUGAUGUGCUGCUGUUACGUGGAAGGUGUAUUGUGGAUGAAGCUAUGCUGACAGGAGAGUCUGUCCCGCAGAUGAAGGAGCCUGUGGAGGAUCUCAACCCGGAGCACAUUUUGGACAUGCAGGCGGAUUCCCGGCUGCACAUCAUCUUCGGGGGAACAAAAGUGGUGCAGCACAUUCCCCCGCAGAAAGCCAGCACAGGACUGAAACCUGUCGAUAACGGGUGUGUUGCAUACGCUCUGAGGACUGGUUUCAACACAUCUCAGGGGAAAUUACUCCGUACAAUCCUUUUUGGGGUGAAGAGAGUGACAGCCAAUAACUUAGAGACCUUCAUUUUUAUCCUGUUCCUGCUGGUCUUUGCUGUGGCUGCUGCAGCAUAUGUCUGGAUUGAAGGCACCAAGGACCCAAGCAGGAAUCGUUACAAGCUCUUCCUGGAAUGUACUUUAAUACUGACUUCAGUUGUUCCACCUGAACUUCCCAUUGAACUCUCUCUGGCUGUCAAUACCUCUCUCAUUGCCCUGGCCAAGCUCUACGUGUACUGUACAGAACCCUUCCGAAUCCCCUUUGCUGGCAAAGUGGAAGUUUGCUGCUUUGACAAAACUGGCACGUUGACCAGUGACCACCUUGUAGUGAGAGGAGUAGCUGGACUCAGGGACGGGAAGGAGGUGACGCCGGUGUCCGACAUUCCUGUGGAAACCCACCGAGCGAUUGCCACGUGCCACUCACUUGUGCAGCUGGAUGACGGGACGUUGGUGGGAGAUCCGUUGGAGAAGGCAAUGCUGAUGGCUGUGGACUGGACCCUGACUAAAGAUGAGAAAGUUUUCCCCAGAAGUAUUAAAACUCAGGGACUGAAAAUUCACCAGCGCUUUCAUUUUGCCAGUGCCCUGAAAAGAAUGUCUGUCUUGGCGUCGUACGAGAAGAUCGGCUCGACUGAGCUCUGUUACAUUGCAGCUGUGAAAGGGGCCCCAGAGACGCUGCACAAAAUGUUGUCUCACUGCCCGAGCAACUAUCACGCUGUCCACACAGAAAUUUCACACGAAGGGGCACGAGUACUAGCCCUUGGCUACAAAGAACUGGGGCAUCUCACUCACCAACAGGUGCGAGAGAUGAAGCGGGAGGCUUUGGAGUGCCAGCUUCAGUUCGCCGGCUUCAUCGUGGUUUCCUGUCCUCUCAAAGCUGAUUCCAAAUCAGUCAUCAGGGAGAUCCAAAACGCGUCGCACCACGUAGUGAUGAUAACAGGGGACAGUCCCCUCACUGCCUGCCACGUGGCCCGGGAGCUGCACUUCCUGCAGCGGGAGCACACGCUCAUUCUGCAGCCUCCUACGAGCAAAGACUCCAGCUGGCAAUGGGAAUCCAUCGACGGUGCUGUCACGCUGCCCGUCUUCCCAACGCCCCUGCGAGAGCUGACGCAGCAAUAUGACCUGUGUGUUACCGGGGAAGGGCUCUCUCACCUUCAGUCUGUGAACGGGCAGCAGCUGCUGAAACUCAUCCCCCACAUCCAGGUGUUUGCCAGAGUGGUCCCAAAGCAAAAGGAGUUUGUGAUCACUACUUUGAAAAGUCUGGGCUACAUCACGCUGAUGUGUGGGGAUGGAACCAAUGAUGUUGGAGCCCUGAAACAUGCAGAUGUGGGGGUGGCCCUGCUGGCAAACGCUCCGGAGAGACUUCCCGAACGGAAGAGGAGACCUCGAGAUGGCCCCGGGGACGCGCGGCCGGCUCCGCUGCCGGGGGGAAGCGGGAAUGUGAAACCCACCUCCCGCGGUGCCAAGCACAGAGUCGUGUCCCAAAGAGAGGAACAACUGGCCGUGCAGAGGGAGCGGAUCAGUCAGGUCUUGAAGGAUUUGGAAGAGGAUCGUGUGCCGGUUGUGAAGCUGGGGGAUGCCAGCAUUGCAGCCCCCUUUACCUCCAAGCUCUCCUCCAUUCAGUGCAUCUGCCACGUGAUCAAGCAAGGUCGCUGCACGCUAGUGACCACCCUCCAGAUGUUCAAGAUCCUCGCCCUGAACGCCCUGAUCCUCGCCUACAGCCAGAGCGUCCUCUAUUUGGAAGGGGUGAAAUUCAGUGAUUUUCAGGCAACUCUGCAGGGCCUUCUCUUGGCUGGCUGCUUCCUUUUCAUUUCCAGAUCAAAGCCUUUGAAGACGCUUUCCAAGGAGCGCCCACUGCCAAACAUCUUUAACCUCUACACCGUCCUGACCGUGUUGCUGCAAUUCCUUGUCCACUUCCUCAGCCUGGUCUAUCUGUACCAAGGUGCCCAGGUGCGCAGCGAGGCCAAGCGAGAGGAAUUUGUGGAUCUGUACAAGGAAUUUGAGCCCAGUCUUGUGAACAGCACUGUUUACAUCAUGUCCAUGGCAAUGCAGAUGGCCACGUUUGCUAUCAACUACAAGGGCCAUCCCUUUAUGGAAAGUCUCCAGGAGAACAAGCCCCUGCUGUGGAGCAUCAUCCUUUCAGGACUCGCCAUCGUGGGCCUUCUCAGCGGCUCUUCCCCGGAAUUCAACGAACAGUUUGGCUUGGUAGAAAUCCCUACUGAGUUUAAGAUUGUGAUCACUCAAGUGCUGCUGGCCGACUUCUUCCUCGCCUUGUUAGUGGACCGAAUUCUUCAGUUUCUGCUGGGGAGUGCAAAGCUCAAAGUGCCUUCCUGAACCCAGG